AUGCGUGCCACAUAUUCGUGGCCACUGGCAUCGUUGGCCGCGUUGCUGCUGCUGCUGCUGCUGCUGCCGCUGCGGGGCACGCACUUGACUGGAGCGUCGGCUGUCAGCAUUGGCGCAGCUGUUGACAAGGAAGUGGCACCAGUUGGCGAUGUAACAACGGAUCUGCUGUCAUUGGAGCCGGAAAUUGGCGGCUCUGCGGUGCGGACGGCGCAGCAACGAGGCGGCCGUCGAGCGCGUGGCAUCUUCUUUAGCGGCGGCAUCACGGGCUAUCCCUUUGGCGGUUGGGGCGGUUGGGGCCAGGGCUAUGGCUACGGCUACGGCUAUGGCUCUUAUGGUCUUACACCCACGUACUAUGGCUAUUAUCCGGGCUAUCUGGGCUAUCAGAAAAUUAUAAUCGGCUAA